CCUCACUGUACUUGCACUUUCAUGUCAUGCAUCCAUUUUUCUCUCUUUUCUAACUAAGUCACACUAGCUACAUUUUCACUGUUUCUUUUUGUAAUCUCUCUCUCUCUCUCUCUCUCUCUCUCUCUCUCUCUCUCUCUCUCUCAGAAGUUGAAAUUUAAGCUAGAGAUAAAGAGCUAGCUAGCUAGCUAGCUUUCUUUUUCUAUAGUAAUCUCUUUUUCCUUUUGUUUUGUAAUUGUAUAUAUACACAAUACUUAUCUUCUUUUGCCAUUGGCUGCAAUAUUAGUACUGCUUUGUGAACGAAAAAGAGAGAGAGAGAUGGGACAUCACUCCUGCUGCAACAAACAGAAAGUGAAGAGGGGGUUAUGGUCCCCAGAAGAAGAUGAAAAACUCAUCAACUACAUUACAACAUAUGGCCAUGGCUGCUGGAGCUCAGUUCCUAAACUUGCAGGGCUACAGAGAUGUGGAAAGAGCUGCAGACUGAGAUGGAUAAAUUAUUUGAGACCUGACUUAAAACGUGGGAGCUUCUCUCCCCAAGAGGCUGCCCUCAUCAUUGAACUCCAUAGCAUUCUAGGCAACAGAUGGGCUCAGAUAGCCAAGCAUCUACCAGGAAGAACAGAUAAUGAAGUGAAGAACUUUUGGAACUCAAGCAUAAAAAAGAAGCUCAUCCCUCAUGAAGUUAUUCCUGCCUUGGCCUCCUUUUCUCAUGAUAUUCACAACCCUAGUGGUAAUUCUGAGGAAAGUUUCUUCACCCUCACCACAAACCCUAAUUUGGGUCCUCAACAAGACCAGCUAUUCCUUCCCAUUCCAAAUCCAAUGCCUCAAGGUUUCAAUUUUCAUGGUGAUCAUAAUAACAUCAAUCUCAUCAAGUUAGACCAGACCAAUUACGGUUCCAAUUUCGUUCAUCAUUUUCCUCAUCCCCUCCAAUUGCCAUCAAAUUCUUCCUCAUAUGAGUCCUCAUGGUCUUUAGGCUAUCAACCCCAUCAUCAAUUUGAUCCCAAUCAACAUCUUCAAAAUUUCAGCAUUGAUGAAGCAGCUGCACAUUAUAAUAUCGGUAAUGAACUUAUGGUUCCAAUUAGUAUGCCAUCAUCAGCACCAGCAGUAUAUGAAAACCCUUCAAUUCUACCUACACUGCCUAAAUUGUGUGAGAUUCUUGAUGGUAAUGUUUGUAGGAUGCCAUGUUACCCAUCUGAUCCACAAGACCUUGACUCACUUGCCAAAUUAUCAUGUUUUCCAUCUACUCAUGGGGCUUAUCCUCAAGAUCUUCAGUUUCUAUCCAGUCAAUUGGAGUGCAUUGAUGCCAUACUUUCAUUGCCAUCAUCUUCCUCAUCAUCAUCCCAGUUAUCGGUAUCUUCAUCCUUGUCACCUUUAUCGAGCACCCAAUUUGUCGCAAACUCUAAUGUUUUGGAAGCCUAGCUAGCUAGACAUGGUAAUAAAUUCAAAUUAGGUUUUUUGUAUGGUUGGAACUUGGAUUUAUAUUCAUAAACCUGAAAAAUGCAUAUAUUUAUUUCUUGACAUUUGCAUAAGGUGACGCUAUUCCCAUUACUAGAAAACCUAAAUGUUGCUAGUUUAGGCUCCUUGGGGAGUAAUGUUUGUUGAAGCCCCAUAUCUACCUCCUUUCACAUGUUAUUAUAUUCCCAUAUUUAUUUGUAUUCCAUUUAUGCUAGCACCUGCUUCAUUAUUAUUUUGUAUAUGACAACACCAGAUAAAGACAAAUCGCCCAACCUUAAAAAUGAGAUUUAGGCCAAAAAUUGACUAUACAUCCGCAAAUAAAUAAAAAUUAAAGACAAUUAGCUCUUAAUCUAAUUAUACUUCUUUUUUCAAUAUCGAAAAAUAAAAAGAUAUUCAUUAUCGAAAAAUAAAAAGAUAUUCACACUUCAAAAA